CGUAGAACCUCCUUCGUUAAAAAAGUUGCCAGUGAUUAGUUUAUACGAAGUUAUUUUUAACGUAAAUGUUAAAAAAAUCAACGAAAAGGACAUCAUUUCGGAUGACGGCUGACAGUUAAAUUUUGACUUGUGUUUUAAAUCAGUUUUUCAACAUCAAACACACAUGAAUACUGAAGAAGAUGACAAUUCUAGAGAAUGAUGUGAUUCCUAUGCGCAACAAAUUAUCUCUGACAAAAACAAAAUACAAAACAAGCGAUCAACUGAAAAGAAAAUACGCCUUCGAAGAAGAUUCCAUUCCGGCUAAGAAACAAGCAUUUAACGAAAUGUUGAACGGUUAUAGAGGAGAGCAGCGUAGCAACGGGGACUCUUCCCAAGAUCCUCCGGUCGCUACUUUAUCGAAUAUGGGAAAUACUUGUUAUUUGAAUAGUGUUUUGUAUACUUUGAGAUUCGCGCCUACGUUCUUGCAUAAUUUACAUCAUUUGAUCGGCGAUUUAUCUCUAGUCAGUUCGAAAUUGAAUCAAACUAAAGCCAAGACGUCGUCUUUAGGUAGAAAUAUUGGGUCAAUUACGGGGCCGAGUUCCCGUAGUACGAGCAGUAAAGACUUGUUAUCUUUAGGCAGUUCGUGUGACAUUAUUCCCAAAUCGAAAGUGCAAGUGGUUACUGAAAAAUUACACGAAUUAUUUAUGACUAUGCACACUUUGGAAAUGAAAGAAUCCAACGAUCCCUAUCAACCUGUGGCUUUGUUACAAGCCGUAAGGGAGGCCAAUUCCAUAUUUGAAGGAAACAAUCAACAAGACGCUCACGAACUCCUUGUAUAUUUAUUGGACAAUAUUCGUGAAACCUGUGAUGUUUUAACCCAACAAGUUCAACAGAAUCCCGAAUUACUCACCGAAACCGAAGCCCUACCUACAGUAAAUAGCAGCAAAAUAUGGAACGUUCGAAAUUCUUGGAAAAAGAGCCUCAAAAAGAAAGACAAAUCAACAAAAGAAUCCAUUACGGAAGAGCAAGUAAACGGUUCCCAUAUAACCGACGCCGAAGAUGCGACUUCGGUGGACGGCUCCAACAGCUCCACCAAGAGGAAACUCUGCUACAAUUUCGUAGCCGAAGAUUUCGAAGGAAUAACGUUGAGACGCACCAAGUGUUUGGAAUGUGAAGGCGUCACCGAACGCAAGGAACCUUUCUACGACAUACCCGUGCCCAUAUCGUUGAAGGACGAAGACGCCGAAGACGUCAACGUCAGCGAUAUAUUUCGAAGGGCGUGCGUCACUACCGAGAAAUUGUGCGAUUCCAAUAAAUAUCUUUGCGAAAAUUGCGAACGUUACAACGAGGCCAGCAGGGAAGUGCUGUUCGAGAAAUUGCCUAACAUCAUGGUGUUGCAAUUGAAGAGGUUCACCACGUCUACGAUGGGCGUACAAAAAGUUAAUACUUAUCUACCGACGCCGUUGGCUUUGGAAUGUUUUUGCGAGAGUUGUUGUAAGGUGGAAGAAAAUCAAUCGCGCAUCCACCGAUACAAAUUGUGUUGCGUUAUAAUGCAUUUGGGGGGUACGAUGGCAUCCGGACAUUAUAUAGCGUACGUCAAAGCUACGGAUCAUUUGGAAGAUUAUACGGAUUGUACGAGGGAUUUACCGAAAGGUAGUUUAUCGGCCAGCAGUAGCGAAAAAUCAUUGAAUAUAUUGAAAUUUUUGAAACCGAGAUCGUUGGGGGGUUCUUUGAUUGAUAGCAGGAACGGUUUGACGUCUAGGAGCGUCAAUUCUAUCAGGACCUGCAAGAGUAUGGAUUGUUGUGGGGUUAAAAUCAACAAAAACGUCGUGGAAAACGUGAUAAACAGUUUUUCGCGUAAAAUUGUCCACGAUUACAAAUGGCAUCCGAAUAAUAAUUGUGCGUCGUCGCCUUCCUCUGAAGAUAUGUGGUUGGAAUGCGACGACGAGAACGUUAGGGCGUUAACGACUCAAGAAUUCAUCGAAGAGUUGGCCCACAAACCGAAUUCGACGUCGACGCCCUAUUUACUCUUUUACGCCAAAAUAACCGACCAACAUACUGAAUAGUGAUAUGAUGGUAGAUAGUUCGAUAGGUUUAUUCAAAAGUUAGAUGUGGAUAUAGUACAAAAAGAGAAAAGUUAUAUUGUAUUAUACUUAUAUAUACAUAUAUAUAUAUAUUUAUGAAAAAAAAAAGAAAAUUUCGGUUUCUCUUGUAUAUGUAUAUUUUUUCUUUCUUUUCGUUUGGUAAAAAAUCACAUUCCUUUUUCCCGUUGCCGAAAAAAAAAAUUAUUUUUAUAAUUUCUUUACUGCACCCUGUAUACGAUUUCACGUUAAUAUACCGAAAUCUACAAAUUUGAUCGUAGAAUUUCGGAAAAAAUUUCCUUUUCCACUAAACUGACGUCAAAAAUUACGAAAUCGUCGAGGAAAUUUCGAUACUUGCUCAUAUACAGGUUGUUCGGAAUUUAGUUGACUUUUUAAAGUUGAAAAAUUUCGUUUCAUCAAUUAUUUUUUUGGGAUUUUUGUCAUAAAUCACAGUUUUUCAUAUGAAACGUUCAAUUUCGAUUAUUAUAUUUGUUCAAUUUUUGAGAAAUGUCUUUCGGUGCACCCCCUGUAUACUAUUUCACGUUAAUAUACCGAAAUCUUCAUAUUUUAUCGUAGAAUUUCGGAAAAAAUUUCCUUUCCCGCUAAACUGACGUCAAAAAUUACGAAAUCGUCAAGGAAAUUUCGAUACUUGCUCAUAUACAGGUUGUUCGGAAUUUAGUUGACUUUUUAAAGUUGAAAAAUUUCGUUUCAUGAAUAAUUUUUUUGGGAUUUUUGUCAUAAAUCACAGUUUUUCAUAUGAAACGUUCAAUUUCGAUUAUUAUAUUUGUUCAAUUUUUGAGAAAUGUCUUUCGGUGCACCCCCUGUAUACUAUUUCACGUUAAUAUACCGAAAUCUUCAUAUUUUAUCGUAGAAUUUCGGAAAAAAUUUCCUUUCCCGCUAAACUGACGUCAAAAAUUACGAAAUCGUCAAGGAAAUUUCGAUACUUGCUCAUAUACAGGUUGUUCGGAAUUUAGUUGACUUUUUAAAGUUGAAAAAUUUCGUUUCAUGAAUAAUUUUUUUGGGAUUUUUGUCAUAAAUCACAGUUUUUCAUAUGAAACGUUCAAUUUCGAUUAUUAUAUUUGUUCAAUUUUUGAGAAAUGUCUUUCGGUGCACCCCCUGUAGUAUACUAUUUCACGUUAAUAUACCGAAAUCUUCAUAUUUUAUCGUAGAAUUUCGGAAAAAAUUUCCUUUCCCGCUAAACUGACGUCAAAAAUUACGAAAUCGUCAAGGAAAUUUCGAUACUUGCUCAUAUACAGGUUGUUCGGAAUUUAGUUGACUUUUUAAAGUUGAAAAAUUUCGUUUCAUGAAUAAUUUUUUUGGGAUUUUUGUCAUAAAUCACAGUUUUUCAUAUGAAACGUUCAAUUUCGAUUAUUAUAUUUGUUCAAUUUUUGAGAAAUGUCUUUCGGUGCACCCCCUGUAUACUAUUUCACGUUAAUAUACCGAAAUCUUCAUAUUUUAUCGUAGAAUUUCGGAAAAAAUUUCCUUUCCCAUUAAACCAACAUCGUAGAUUACGAAAAUUUGAACGAAAUUUCGAUCCGGUGUUGCCAAGUCUGUAUAUAGGAUGUUCGUUGUUUAAAAAUUUUGAUAUUUCCGAAAGAAAAUUAUAAUUUUGUUUUCGAUAGUUGAAUUUUGUUGUUUGUGGAUAUAAUUCCAAUCCGGUCCCUUUUCUUUAUAUUAAUUUACAGUUGAUUAUACCGAAUUAAGCUGAUGAUUUGACUAAAACAUUUUUUUUAAGAAAAAAAUUUCUUUUAUCAUCAAUUCGACGAUGAUAUGUUUAUUAUAUAACGAGUUGUUGUUCCACAUUUUGUUUUCGCCGUUUUUUUUGUAUUUUCAACUUUAUUCAUUUUAUAAUAAAUAUUCAUCAUUGCUAAA